AUGGCAGGUAGUAGUAACUCUGUGCCUGUUACUAUGGCAGGUUGUAGAAACUCUGUGCCUGUUAACAUGACAGGUAGUAGUAACUCUGUGCCCAUUACCAUGGCAGGCAGUAGUAACUCUGUACCUGUUACCAUGGCAGAUAGUAGUAAGUCUGUGCCUGUUACUAUGGCAGGUAGUAACUCUGUGCUUGUUACCAUGGUAGGCAGUAGUAAUUUUGUGCCUUUUACCAUGGCAGGUAGUAAUAACUCUGUGCCUGUUACCAUGGCAACUAGUAGUAACUCUGUGCCUGUUACCAUGGCAGAUAGUAGUAAGUCUGUGCCUGUUACCAUGGCAGGCAGUAGUAACUCUGUGCCUAUUACCAUGGCAGGCAGUAGUAACUCUGUGCCUGCUACCAUGGCAGGUAGUAGUAACUCUGUGCCUGUUACCCUGUCAGAUAGUAGUAACUCUGUGAAUGUUACCAUGGCAGAUAGUAGUAACUCUGUGCCUGUUACCAUGGCAGGUAGUAGUAACUAUGUGCCUGUUACCAUGGCAGGCAGUAGUAAUUCUGUGCCUGUUACCAUGACAGGUACAAACAGAUACCCUAGUAUGUCUAAUGAAGAGCACAGCAGUAGUAACUCCAUUCCUAUCCCCAUCAUGGGUACAAAAAAGUACUGUAGUAUAUCUAAUCAGGAGCAAAGCAGUAGUAACGCCAUGCCUAUCUUCAUGGCAGGUACAAAAAAGUACUGUAGUAUAUCUAAUCAGGAGCACAGCAGCAGUAACUCCAUGCCUAUCACCAUAGCAGGUACACAAAAGUACAGUAGUACAUCUAAUCAGAAGCACAGCAGUAGUAACUCCAUCCCUAUCACCAUAGCAAGUACAAAAAAGUACUGUAUUAUAUCUAAUCAGGAGCACAGUAGCAGUAACUCCAUGCCUAUCUCCAUGGCAGGUACAAAAAAGUACUGUAGUAUAUCUAAUCAGGAGCACAGUAGCAGUAACUCCAUGCCUAUCUCCAUGGCAGGUACAAAAAAGUACUGUAGCAUAUCUAAUCAGGAGCACUGCAGCAGUAACUCUGUGCCUAUCACUAUAGCAGGUACACAGAGAUACUCUGGGGGACCUUCAUUGUCAUGUUAUCUUCCACUCAGCUCCACUGAGUAUUUCAACAAAGAAAGGCAUGUGACACCAUUCAUGCAUAAGAAACCACAUUACAAAUUCUAA